ACUCUCUAUCUCCAUAGACCCCACAUGGCUUGAUCUUGAUUCUUGAUUCUUUUGUCCUUACCAUUCCCCAUGCAGCCCGCCCCCGAGUCAGGGUCGUACAACCACAGCCACAGCCACAACCACAACCAGAAUCGCCACCAUCGCGACUUUGAAAGUCGUGAUGGGGCCACACGAUACCAUAACCGAAGGCUUCGUGUGGGCCGACAAGGCCACACGAACCCUUUAAUAUGGCUACUAGCCAUCAUAUGCACAAUCAUAGCCCUAGCUGUGAUUGUUGCCGGCAUAGUAGUCUUUGCAGGGUACAUACUAAUCCGACCAAGGGUACCGACAAUAACCGUCACAAAUGCUCACCUAGACAUUUUCCGAAACGACUACACCGGAAUCCUCGAAACCCAACUCCGGAUCCAAGUGAUGGCGCAGAACGAAAACAUGAAAGCACAUGCAUCAUUUUCCGACAUAAGGUUCAACCUUAGCUUCCAAGGUCAACCCGUAGCAAUGAUGGUUGCUGACCCAUUUGAUGUACCCAAAAACAACACACAGUUUCUUAACUACUUUGUCCAAUCGUCGGCGAUACCGUUGACGCCGGAACAAAUGCAGGCGGUUACUGAUUCUUGGAAGCUCAACUUGGCGACCUUUGAUUUCAAGGGUAAUGCUAGGACUCAAUGGAGGAUAGGGCCUUUGAUUGGUUCUGUUAAGUUUUGGUGCUACCUUGAUUGUAAACUCAAGUUUCAUCCCUUGAAUGGGAGUUACAUUCACAAUUCCUGCACCUCCAAAUCAAAAUAAUCAUCAUCAUCA